CAGACAGACAGGGAGACCGGGACAGACACAGGGACAGGGACAGAGAAACAGGGACAGAGAGAUCGGGACAGGGACAGGAACAGGAACAGAGAUGGCCACUCGGUGGGGAAUCUGCGGAUCCGGCAGGAUCAGUCACGACUUCAUGGUGGCGCUGAAAACCCUCCCCGCAUCAGAACAUCAGGCGGUGGCGGUCGCCUCUCGGGAUUCCUCCCGGUCCCGGGAGUUCGCGGAGCGACACCAAAUCCCCAAAUCGUACGGUUCAUACCGAGAGCUGGCGGCCGAUCCCGAUGUCGACAUUGUCUACGUGGGUAUCAUUAACCCAGAGCACCUGAAGGUGGCUUUACUCAUGCUGAAUGCUGGAAGGAAUGUUCUCUGUGAGAAGCCCCUGGCCAUGAAUCUGCGCGAAGUCCAACAGCUGGUCAGUGCAGCCCGAGACAAGAACCUUUUCCUCAUGGAGGGUUUAUGGACACGUUUUUUUCCUGUCUCUAAGGCAAUCCGUGGUCUGCUAAAAGAGGAUAACAUGGGUGAGAUUAAAAUAGUAAAAGCAGAGUUUGGAACGCACAUGUUGGAAACUCCACGGCUGGUGGAGAAAGAAUUGGGCGGUGGAGUACUGCUGGACAUUGGCUGUUACUGCCUGCAGUUUGUCUGCAUGGUGUUCCAUGGUGAAAAGCCAGAGUCCAUUCAUGCCACAGGAUUCCUGACUGAGAAGGGGGUUGAUGAAGCAGUGACCAUUGUGCUUAAGUACUCCAGAAAACGAAUGGCUAUGAUAACUGUAUCCAUGGCAAUACAGCUCACUAACCAGGCGACCAUCAGUGGGACAAAAGGAACAAUCACAGUUCCAAGCUGCAUGUGGUGCCCAACAAGUCUGGUGGUGAAUGGCAAUGUCCAGGAGUUCCCACUGCCAGUUCCAUCUCAACCUCUCAACUUCACAAACAGCACAGGCCUGCGGUAUGAAGCUGACCAAGUGAGGCAGUGUCUCCAGAAAGGGCUUAAGGAGUGUCCUGAGCUGCCACUGGCUGAGAGUGAGCUGAUAAUGAGCAUUUUGGAUGAGGCACGAAGGCAGCUGGGGGUAGUAUACACACAAGACACAGCCUGAGGCAAGAAAAACUCCAAAUGCUGCGUGAAUGACAUGAAAAUGCUGUCCCCAUUCUCCCAUUGCUGCUGAAAGCUUUCUAAAAAAAAACACACCACAGCCAGGCACUCUGGUUGCUGCUGCACGGAGGAUCCUAUGAUACAGCCAAUCAAACAUACCUCAAAUUAUAGAAUUAAUCACGGAACAUCGUACAGCACAAUGCUGGCCAACCCCAUGCACCCUGGUUGAAAUUCUCUUCUAAACAGCUUGUACUUCCAGUGCAGAGACAGUAGAGCCAGAAUACAGAAACUGACAGUUACCCUAGCACCAUCAGAUGAAAGUACCUUGAAACUUAACAUUGCUGCACUCAAAAACCAACUAACCCAGCCACAGGUCCAAGAUUGCUAUUCAGUGACAGCACCUGGGAGGUCUAAUAGGGGCUGUCCUGUGCAGUGUGUACAUGUUUCUGAUGUUUAACUGCGCCACACCAAUCAAAUAAGAUUGAAUUCACUACAAAAUAAAAUCUGGUGCAAACACCUGAAUGUCAUACUGA